CUGGCGCACCGGCCUGGCUUCACCGAGCCGGCAGUGGCCUCUCGCGGGAAGCCAUCCGAGCUGCAGCACCCGAGCUACUAGCGGGCCAUGGGGAUGUUGGAUGCAUCCGGGUGAGUUUCAGGGCGCGGCCCGAAUUCUACGUGUCCGCUGAGCGCUAGCGGUCCUGUGACCCCCGCGUGGGCUACUGGUCUGGGCCAGUUCUGAAAAGGAACCACCAAGUCUCGAGCAGUCAUUUCUCGCCUACAGGGCCUCGGUUUACCCGCCUUGCCAAUUUCCGGCAGGCGAUUCUCUAGAGCAAGGGAUGAGGGCGAGAGCUGGCAAGACCUUAGCUCUUGAGGGUUGUACCGAAAGCCACUGCAGUGCUGCCCUUGGGCUAACAAGGGAGGUUGCUGCUUACGAAGGAGCCCAGGCCCAAGAGGCAUGCCAGCUGCGCUGCCUCAGGACCAAGAGACCGCUGGCUGACGGUGGUCUGACCAGUGGAGCAGGGCGCCCACUGGCUAGGAACUGAGAACUCUGGCACUGCGGGGAGCCCCUCUGUUCCCUCCCAGAGGGCGGAGCUAAGAAUCUAAGCUCUGUCCUCUGGGCUAGUGUGGCCUGGUAAGAGGAGGGAGCUCUUUGAAAAGACUUGAGUGUGGCAUGGUGAUGGGAGGAAGCCUUUUGCAAAGACUUGAGUGAUCUUCUAGGAGAAGAGAGGAGGUUUUAAGGUCUCACAGAGUAAGGCACUGCCGAGAAUCUCCGAGGAUCUUUCUUGCACCUGCUCUGUUCCCUCCUCCACCUUGGAGAGCCAGGUUAGAGCCACUUCCCAGGGGAGAGCUGCAUUCCAUGGGGCCCUCCCCCAAGCUCAGAGUGUAUCUUAAUUAAGACAACCCCUCAGAUGAGAACCCUGGCCCUCCCCCUCAUCCUAUUUCCUGGCCGCAGGACACACAGGCACUCUUGUCUGUAACACAAGACAAGGAGCGGCAGAGGCGGGACUACCAUGUAGAAAGGCCUUUGCUGAACCAAGAGCAGCUGGAGGAGCUGGGACACUGGGGUCCAGCGCCUAAGACCCACCUGUGGCGUGAUUGGUUUCGAUGCUCCCGUGCUCGGGCCCAUGCCCUUCUGGUCCAGCAUGUUCCAGUUGUGGGCUGGUUACCCCGCUAUCCUGUGCGUGACUGGCUCUUGGGUGACUUGGUAUCUGGCCUGAGUGUGGCCAUCAUGCAGCUUCCCCAGGGUUUGGCCUAUGCUCUUCUGGCUGGAUUGCCUCCUGUAUUUGGCCUCUACAGCUCCUUCUACCCGGUCUUCAUCUACUUUCUGUUUGGUACCUCUCGGCACAUCUCUGUGGGAACCUUUGCUGUAAUGUCUGUGAUGGUGGGCGGUGUGACAGAAUCCCUGACUGCAGAUAAGGCCUUCGUGCAAAGCUUGAACACCACAGUUGAAGAUGCCCGAGUACAGAUCGCCUACACACUCAGUGUCCUGGUUGGCCUCUUCCAGGUGGGGCUGGGUCUGGUGCACUUUGGCUUCGUGGUCACCUACCUGUCAGAGCCUUUGGUCCGAGGCUACACUACAGCUGCAUCCGUGCAGGUCCUCAUCUCACAGCUCAAGUAUGUGUUUGGCAUCACACUGAACAGUCACUCUGGGCCACUGUCAGUUAUCUAUACAUUUCUGGAGGUCUGCUCAAAGCUGCCUGAGACUGUUGUGGGAACUUUGAUCACGGCGAUUGUGUCAGGAGUGGUGCUUGUGCUGGUGAAGCUGUUGAAUGAGAAGCUGAAGAGAUACCUGCCCCUGCCCAUUCCUGGGGAACUACUCACGCUCAUCGGGGCCACCGGGAUUUCCUAUGGUGUGGACCUGCAGAACAGAUUCAGUGUGGAUGUGGUAGGCAGCAUCCCUGCAGGGCUGAUACCUCCAGUGGCACCCAAUGCCCAGUUGUUUGCAAAGCUUGUGGGAAAUGCCUUUGCCAUUGCUGUGGUGGGCUUUGCCAUUGCUAUCUCACUGGGGAAGAUCUUUGCCCUGAGGCAUGGCUAUCGGGUGGACAGCAACCAGGAGCUGGUGGCCCUCGGCCUCAGUAACCUCGUUGGAGGCUUCUUCCAGUGCUUCCCUGUGAGUUGCUCUAUGUCUCGGAGCCUGGUACAGGAGAGCACUGGGGGCAACACACAGGUUGCUGGAGCUGUAUCUUCUCUUUUCAUCCUCCUAAUCAUUGUCAAACUUGGGGAACUCUUUCAAGAUCUACCCAAGGCUGUCCUGGCAGCUGUCAUUAUUGUGAAUCUUAAGGGCAUGAUGAAGCAGUUCUCUGACAUCUGUUCCCUCUGGAAGUCAAAUCGAAUGGACCUGCUAAUCUGGCUGGUAACCUUUGUGGCCACCAUCCUACUGAACCUGGACAUUGGUCUGGCAGUUUCCAUAGUCUUUGCCCUGCUGCUUGUGGUUUUCCGAACACAGCUGCCGCAUUACUCUGUCCUGGGGCAGGUGCCAGACACGGAUAUUUAUAGAGAUGUGGCAGAAUACUCAGGGGCCAAGGAAGUCCCAGGUGUGAAGGUCUUCCGCUCCUCAGUCACCAUGUACUUUGCCAAUGCUGAGCUCUACUGUGACUCGCUGAAGCAGAGGUGUGGUGUGGAUGUUGACCACCUCAUCUCCCAGAAGAAGAAGCGGAUCAAGAAACAGGAGCUGAAGCUGAAGCGACUCCAGAAAGCCAAGAAGUCCAAGAGAAAGGCUUCCUCUUCCAAGAUCACCGAGGUUUCCAUCAAUGUCAAUGACAGUGUUGAAGAUAUCAGAAGCAAUGACUUGGAGGGCUCUGAGGUCAAGGUGCACCGAAGGGAUGAGUUAGAGAAUGCAGCAGCCAACAGUCCAGAAGAUGUCAAGGCCCCAAACGUGACCACACUGAAGUCCUUGGGUCUGCCUCAGCCAGGCUUCCAUAGCCUCGUCCUGGACCUGAGCACCCUCUCCUUUGUGGACACUGUGUGCAUUAAGAGCCUGAAGAACAUUUUUCGUGAAUUCUGGGAGAUCGAGGUGGAGGUGUACAUUGCAGCCUGCCACAGCCCUGUGGUUACCCAGCUCGAGGCUGGACACUUCUUUGACGAAUCCAUCACUAAGCAGCAUCUCUUUGCCUCUGUCCAUGAUGCUGUGACCUUUGCCCUCCAACACUCAAAAUCUGGCCCCAACAGCCCUGUCUUGGCCACUAAACUCUGAUUGUGCUGCUGACCCUGCCUACCCUCCUGACAGCUCACCCUACUGAAACACCCUGCGUCUGGGCCAUCUCCAGGUGCCAUCCAGGACUCCCCUUCAUCUACAUGCGUAUACAUACAACUAAGGGAUGGAGGUCUUAGGACUCCAAGUUCAGUGCUGCAGGCCUGGGGAAAGACAUUGCAGUCAGGCUGGCCUUGGCUGGGUGCAGGGAGGGAAUGGAUGUAUGUUUACAACUUUGGGAAUAAAGGUAUGUCUGUCCAACUUCA